AAACCAGUAUUUCAACAUAUCAAAUGUCACCCAAUUUUUACUGUAAGAGUUCCCCUUAUGGAACAUAUUUAUCACACAUUAGAGUGACUAAAGUAUUGUUAAAAAAAAUUAUAAUAAUCUUGAAUGAAUGCAUAGCCAUGACACUCACAUCACACACACACACGUCUUUGGUUUUUCCAUUCUACACGCGAAGAGAAGCAAAGACUACGCAGUUCUUGUGCUCUCCCACAAAGACAACCUUUGCAACUUUCACACAAACCAUCAUUUUCGAAUCAUCUUAAUAUUUUAUUCACACAGUCUAACAAACACGCCAAUCCCACGUGCCUCAGACACUCCUUCACCAACCUUAAAACUCUUUCUUUUCUAAAAAAUAUUCACCUUCCCAACCACAUUCACAUGACCAACGUUUACUCCCCUCACAAAACAUCAUACAUAAACAUCAUCUCCAUAUUACCAUAAUAACCUGACAAUGUUUUAAAUUACGGUCUGCAACCUACAAAUAUCUAUAUAGUUGCAUCAUUGAUUAAUGUGUUAGUCUUGUCUUGCAACUAUAGUUGCAUCAGUCGUAUUAGUCUGUAAUUUUCUAUGGCUGAUUCACAAGGUGAUGGUACCUCGGGAGCUAGGCGUAGUAAAGGUGCCAAUGCUACGAAGCGUGCUAUGACGGGAGUAACACAAGAGACAUUGGUGAUAGCGCCGUGUGGGGCGUGCAAGUUCUUGAGGAGGAAGUGUAGUGGUGGAUGCAUUUUUGCACCCUACUUUGGUACGGACCAAGGUGCUGCUAGGUUUGCGGCUGUGCACAAGGUGUUUGGCGCUAGCAAUGUGUCGAAACUCUUGAACAAUAUUCCGACUAACCACCGCCAUGAAGCGGCGGCGACAAUAUCGUAUGAGGCUCAAGCUAGGUUAUCUGAUCCGGUUUACGGCUGUGUGUCCACCAUUCUUGCUUUGCAACAACAGGUGGCAGCAAUGCAGGCAGAAGUCUCAAUGAUGCAAAAUCAGCUGAUGAAUAGCAGAUUUGCAUAUGCAAGUGCUCUUCAAACCACACACCAACAGCAUCACCAAAUGUUACAGCAACCAAACUUCAAUGUAUCAGUGCAACCAGCAUACUCCAACAAUUCAUCUGCUUCUACCAACAACCUUAUGAACAUCAACAACUUCAACCCUGGUUUUGACCUCACAAUGGAGACAGUACCUUCAUCACACAGCUUAGAGCCUUUUCAAAACUCAAGGUUGUCUCAUUAUGAGGAAGAUGAUUGAUUGAUUGAUUAAGAAGAAAACAGGAUUCAGCAAAUCUUAAAACAAAAGUACUUCACCAUGCAUCAAUUUGAGUUUCCAUUUUUGUUUCUUUUGUUACAUCCUUUAUCACCAUAACAUUAUUACAAUAUGCAUUAUUCUCAAGGAUAAUGCUUAUAUAUAAAGCAAACAAACAUUUCAAAAUUGUUUCUAUUGUUAAGCCUCUUAAUGGAAUGUAAAAUAUCCGGCUUAUAAUAAUUUCCAAGUCCUAAAUCUCUAUGUAGCUAAUCCCAUAUAGUAGUGCGUCGCGGCCAACCCUAAAAGUCGGAUAGUGUGAUAGUGCAUUCCAAGAUAGGUGGGAUAACUGUUAUUUUUUGAACAAAUUAAAUGAAUAAUACUAUAUAAACUUAUAUUUAAUGCAAAGUUAACAAAUGACUCAAACUAUGAAACAUACAUAAUUAGUAAUAAAAAUCCACAAGUCUUACUUUUAGUCAAAGCAUACAUUGAAAUACAAACAAAAGUCAAGAAAAUAAAGAUGAUGCAUAUUGAAGUCUUUAACACAUAGUAAUAAAAUAACUAAAUAUUAAAACUCAAAUGCAUGUUCUAGCAUAGGAAUCAAAGACAAGCAUCAUCUUCAUUAACAUAUUCUUCUUCCUCUUCUUCCUAGGUGAAAGUUGAAACAACAAAUCAGAGAAGGAAGAAAUAAUAGCGGAAUCUCGCUGGAAAACGUUGGGAUUAACUACGCCGGAAUAACGGGAUCACACCCGAAUCUUGUUUCACGUUGUCGCGGUCAGACACUGCACCGGGAUAACGGGGAUCUCACCUAGAAACGCUGGGAUUCACUACCUAGCAAAAUCCUAGCACCAAACUGUUAACUGAAUGAACUUAAAUAAUUUAUGAGUAAAACAUAAAGAUAGACAAUAAAUUUCAUCAGUAAUGAAGAAGGCCUGUUUUGGAAUUACUAUUAGAAGAUAAUCAUAUUUCACUCAACCAUGGCUCAACAUAAAAAUAUCAGUAAUUGAAUAACACUCUUCCAACUGUUAUGGGGAUAUUUAGAAGACCGCUUCUGCAAUGCAUGCUAUGAACUAUUGUCCACAGUGUUUUCAAUCGCGGAUCGCAAAAAA